CUUCUUAGUGAUUGGACUGUCUGUGAAUGAAAACCCAGAGAAAGACACCUGGCAACUGAAUUAUUGACAAUGCAGCCACUGGAAUCAGUGAUGUUUGAAGAUAUAGCUAUAGACUUUGCCAAGGAAGAGUGGGUCUUGCUGGACACAUCCCAGAGAAAGCUGUACAGAGAUGUGAUGCUGGAAAGUAGCAAUCAUCUGGUCUCUGUGGGCUAUCAGAUCUGAAAAUCAGGUGUGAUUUUCCAGUUGGAGCAAGGCAAAGAGCUGUGGAGUCAAGGAAGUGGAUUUCUCCAACACCAGAGUCCAGGAAGGGAAAAUCUCCUUAAAAAACAAGAAAUGAUAUCAAUGAAAUACAGCAGCAUGAAGAAUAUAUCUCUUACCAUGCCAAUGCAGGUAUCUCACACUCAAGUAGAUCCUACUGAAUGUAUUGAUGUGGUUGGUGAAUUUACUCCUAGAUCUUCAUUGCCUCAACACUUUUCAAUUCACGUGAGAAUGAAUCCUCCUGUCCACAAAUUGCGUGGAAAAUCUCUUCAUGAUCAGUCAACCCUUAAUCAAAUUCACACUAGGGGUGUAUCUCGUGAAUGUAAUCUAUGUGGGAAAGCCUUUAAUAAUUUGUUUAGCCUUAGAUCACACGAGAUGAUUCACAGUGGAUAGAAACCACAUAAAUGUCAUCUGUGUGGGAAAGUCUUCAGUCAAAGUUCUUACCUCAGACAACAUGAGAAAACUCACACAGGAGAGAAGCCAUACGAAUGCCAUCUAUGUGAAAAAGACUUCUGUCAAAGUUCUGAACUUAGACGGCAUAACAGAACACACUCAGGAUAAAAUCCAUAUGAGUGUCAUCAGUGUGGGAACGCCUUCAGUCAAUAUUCUAAUCUUAGAUGACAUGAGAGAACCCACACUGGAGAGCAACCAUAUGAAUGCCAGCUAUGUGGGAAGUUCUUCAAUCAUCCUUCUUCCCUUAGACGACAUGGGGAAACCAACACUGAGGAGGAAGUCAUGAAUGCCUUCAGUAAAUAUUCUGAUGUGAGAUGGCAUGGGAUUAAAAAUGUAAUGAAUGUGGGAGAAACAUCAAUCAUAGAUUUAACAUUUAAACACACCAAAGGACUCACACAGUAA